AUGAUGGAUCCAGCCACCUGGAACGGCCAAGACCACUCGAUGCCCCAGGCCGGCGAAGAUGACUUUCAACAGUUCUUGGAGAUGGGCGACAUGUCCGGCCUGGGCGAUGGGCUGCAGUUCGACUUUCAGAGCUUCAACACGGCAAGCCUGCACACCCAUUCGCCGCACGAUGCCAUGGACACCCAGAUGGGGGGCACCGAGACGCCCGGCGCCGACCCCAGGAAUAACAGCAUAGGCAUUCAGCACCCGCACCAGCACCAGAUGCCGACCAUGACAUCUGGCCCCGUCGUGCCCUCGAUUCCCUCGCAGAUCCUGGGCCCGCACGCGUCCGGUGCUGGCGAUGCCAUAUCGGACAUUGAUGCGCAGAUCCAGUUUUUGCAGCACCAGAAACUCCAGCAGCAGCACCGCCAGCUCGAGGAACACCAACGGCGCUUUGAGCAACAGCAAGCCGCCUUCUUUGCGCAGCAACAAAGGAGCAUGGUGCCUCCGACGCCACAGAGCCUCGAGAUACAGGCCGCGAACCAGUACUACACCCAGGGUGAUCAGACGCCGGUCCAUUCGCAUGGCAUGUUUGAUCGUUAUCAACGCCUUAAAGAGCAGCAGGAUAUGGCCUUCACGCCGCUCGUGUCACCUGCCGUAACCCCACUGGAUGCUCAUUUUCCAGUCGAGACACAGUUCACUGUACCGGGGGCCUACUUCAGCCCCUUGACGUCUCCUGCCCUCCAUGCGCAGAAUGAACCUCAUCACGGGUUUGACCAUCUACAGGGCAGCACCAACACGACGAACUCGCCGCAGGAAAUGGAGUUGGAGCCCAGCGGCCCGCCUGCGACUACCAUUGACGUGUCCAAGAAGGUGCGGAAGGGAAAUGUUUCCAAGGCAAGGAAACCCAGCGUCCGCCAAUCACCCCUAGUCAAGCCGCAGAGGAGGAAAACGGCAUCCACCCCCGUGAUGAACGCCCAGAUCCUGAGCGAACUGGCCGAGAAGCCGGAACAGUCAACUGCCCGGCCGACGACGGCUUCGGCAACCUCGACAGACGAGUCUGAGAACGCUUCGGUAUCGCCAGAAGCACUGUCUGAUAUGCCUCCGCCGCCUCUUCCGCAACCGCGAUCAGCCAGACAAUCGCCCUUCAUGCAACCCCAGAACAGCGCCAAUGCACCGAUCCAUCCCUUACCGGCGUCGUUGAACGGCGCAUCUCCGGCAACACCUGCGUCUCUCUUCAGGAUAUCACCGAAAAGCAAGUCUGCCGACACGAGCAAUCCUGGCCAGCUGGCGUCUGAACACAUCGAGAAUUUUGAAUUGCCAGAGUCUGCGAGUUUUCCUAAACCCCAACUACCUCAGCUUGAUACUAGGACGAACUCGAAUUCGCCGCCGGAAAUCGAAACAGCCAAAGUGUCCGCGCUCCAGCCUCUUCCCUCGCCGGUGUUCCCUAAGCCUUCGCAAUCCACUUCGUCCGACAGUCCUCAGCUCUUGCCAAAAUCUGCAACAGCUACGCCAAACCCGAGGAAAACACCGCUCCUGGCCCCACGGGGGAGCAAGAAGAGGGGGAGUGUCAGCUCGGUCCACGUGUCACCAGCACUGCGGCCCAAGAUAUCUCCCAGCAUCAAGCCGUUACUGCCAGGAACCCCUGGCCUCUCGGCCGAGGCCCUGCUGGCCUCCAAGUCGAAUUACCAGAACAUCAUCGAGGGCAACACGGUCCCCGGAGUGUCCUACCCGACGGAAUUGUCUACCAAUCUGACCUCGAAACGGACCUCACACAAGAUUGCGGAGCAGGGCCGUCGGAAUCGCAUCAACUCGGCCCUUCAGGAGAUCGCCACAUUGCUCCCCAAAAGCGUGCUGAAGGACAUGAAGAGCGACGACGGGGAUAGUCCCGAAGCCGACAAGUCGGACAAGAAGGACGGCAAGUCGUCCAGCACUCCGAACAGCAAGGCCAGCACGGUGGAGAUGGCCAUCGUCUACAUCAAACAGCUGCAGGAGGAGGUCGCGCAGGCCAACAAGAGAGCGGAAGAAGCGGAGAAGCAGCUGGCGUUGAAGACGGCAGCUUCAUGA